AUGGGUUGCGUUCAGACCAAGACUAUGAAGAAGGAGGUGCCAGUCAUCAUCAAAAAGUACUACACCUGCCAGACUCAGCUCCUCUCUCACCACGACAGUGCCAUUAUGGAGACAGCUGAGGAGUCCACAGAGCCCACUGAGGUGGACAUCAUGGGACUAUGCCAGGAUAUGCUCUCCAAAAUGGCCAAGUGCCUGACAGGUGAGCUAACAGUCACCAGUGAAGACUAUAAACUUCUAGAAAACAUGACCAAACCAACUAGCUUGAAGUAUCUAGAAAUGAAAUAUAUUGCCAUAAACAUAAGUAGAAACCUAAAGGACUUAAACCAGAAAUCUACAGCACUUCAGCCUUAUCUGGAUCAGAUCACUUUGACUGAGGAGCAAGUAGCAGCUCUUGAUCAGGCAGCUUACAAGUUGGAUGCAUAUUCAAAGAAACUAGAAGGAAAGUACAAGAAGUUAGGUGAUGAAAGAAUUCUUUAG